GGAGGAGGUGGGGCUCGGGGCGGGGCUGCGGGAGCGGAGGCGUGCGCCGGGCGAGGCGUGCAGUCGGCAGCUCCGAUCGGCGCCGGUCCGCAGCGCCCGCAUCGGCAACCAUGAGUGACCGAAAGGCGGUGAUCAAGAACGCCGACAUGUCGGAGGAGAUGCAGCAGGACUCCGUGGAGUGCGCUACGCAGGCACUGGAGAAGUACAACAUCGAGAAGGACAUCGCGGCGCACAUCAAGAAGGAAUUUGACAAGAAAUACAAUCCUACUUGGCACUGCAUCGUGGGAAGGAACUUUGGCAGCUACGUGACUCAUGAGACCAAACACUUCAUCUACUUCUACCUCGGCCAAGUUGCUAUUCUUCUCUUCAAGUCUGGUUAAACAUGGACUCUCAGUGGCACUGAGUGUGGCUGCAGGACUGCACUGCCAAGCCAAGCAGCCUGCUACCCUCAGCCUUGCUGAGGACACAGACCUCCAUCUCCAGGUCUUGUGUUGUAUUGUUAAUGAUCAGGGAUUUCUCUGUAGUAGCUGGUAUUUUCAUUGUGGCUAUAAAGGUGUCUUCCUCAUAUUUAUUUUCUUUCAAAACAAAGCUUAUUUGCUAAUAAAACUAAUGGAACAGUUCA